UGCUGUGUCACGUUGUACUAGUGCUAUUGUAGCUGCCUCGCCCACUCUCGCCGACAUGACCAGGACACACAGAUCGAGAAGAAUACGGUUGCCAACACUGGCCGCGUGCAUUGUCCUCCUCCAGCGGGGUAAUUGUUUCCUCUUGAUACCCAACACAGCAGCCAGAAGCGGCUCCCACCGGUUCCGAUCAACAGCAACAGCAACUCUGCACCGCGCUGCUGCUGCUCCAUCGCCAUUUUCACCAGCGCGAUGUAGGACGAGCGUGGUGGGCGGUAGGAGAGGGCGAGGAGGAGUGCAGAUGAUGGGGGGCGGGAACGCAGCAGCGGCUGCUGAAGCCUUGGAGGCCGAGGAGAAGGCGGAGCGGGAGGCCUUGAGGGCAAGGAAUGAUCAGGAGUGGCAGUUCUUCGACACGGCCAGGAUCAACGUCAAGGCGGGGAAGGGCGGCAAUGGGUGCAUCGCAACGCGGCGCGAGAAGGGCAUCUCCAUGGGGGGCCCUAACGGGGGUUCCGGCGGUCGCGGCGGCUCCAUCUUCCUCCGGUGCAGCGAGGGCCUCAAUACGCUGGCCAUGGUGCGCCACAAGGUGCACUACCGCGCCACGGACGGGCAGAACGGCCAGGGGAAGAGCCGGACAGGAAACUCGGGCGCGGACGUGUAUGUGUCGGCCCCGCUGGGCACGGUGGUGCGGGACCAGGAGGGCGUCCUCUGCGGGGAGCUGACCGAGCACGACCAGGAGCUGCUGGUCGCGCGGGGGGGCAGGGGGGGGCGGGGUAACGAGGCCUUCAAGACGAGCCGCUCCAAGAUCCCCAUGUUCGGGGAGAAGGGGGAGCCCGGCGGGGAGCGGUGGCUGUCCAUGGAGCUCAAGCUCGUCGCGGACGUGGGGUUCGUCGGGGUCCCGAACGCGGGCAAGAGCACCCUCCUGGCGGUGUCCUCGAACGCCAAGCCCAAGAUCGCGGACUACCCGUUCACCACGGUUACCCCAAACCUGGGGGUGUGCGACGUGCUCGGGGAUGAGGCCGAGGCCGGGAUGGACAAGGGGCUGGUGCUCGCGGACAUCCCGGGAUUGCUCGAGGGGGCACACGAGGGGGUGGGACUCGGGCUGGCGUUCCUGAGGCACGUGCAGAGGUGUCGCGUGCUGGUCCACCUGGUGAGCGGAGACAGCGUCGACCCCGUCGGGGACUACCGCGCCAUCCAGCAGGAGCUCGAGCUCUUCAGCCCCAAGCUCUUGAAGAAGCAGCAGGUAGUGGUGCUCACCAAGAUCGAUUUGCCUCACGUGAGGAGUAAACAGAAAGAACUCGAGAAUUUGAUAAAGGCGGAGUUGGACCACACCAGGUUUAUGUCCAUCAGCGCCGUUGCCGGCGAGAACACGCAAGAGCUGAUGCGGCGCCUCCGCAAGCUGGUGAACUCCCUCCCCCCCGUAGACGACCUGUUCGACGGGGAGGCAGUGAAGAUGCUCGACUCCCCGGCCGCGGAAGACACCGGCUUCAGCAUCGAAACGGACCCCAGCUACCCGGGGCAGUUCCGAGUCCACGGGGCCCGCAUCGUCCAGAUCGCCAGGAUGACAGAGUGGGACUACUACGAGGCGGUGCAAAGAUUCCAACGCGUGAUGGAAGCCAUGGGGGUGGACGCCGCCCUCAAGAAGGCAGGAGCACAAGCGGGCGACUUGAUAAUGAUCGAUGAAUGGGACUUCGACUACAAGCCGGACGUAGCGAGCGUGUACCUAGAAGGGCUUGAGAACGUCGGAGACUUCGGCGAUGACGGAGAUGAGGAUGGAGAUUGGGUGGAGAUGCCAUAACAGCAGUAGAGGACAAAACGCCUCGGUGGUCUCUGCACCACGGCCACGUGAAGCUUGGGGGGUUGACUUGGAGAGCUUUCGAAUAGUGGGGGCGUCUUUGCGGGAUAGAUACGUUGAGGGGUUUGGCUCGGAAAGGUUUCGAAUAUACUUUCGUUUGGAGCAUAGCUGGCACCAACAACCGCGACACCUGCCAAAUUCGAUGUAGCCGCAUCGGGUUGUGUGUAGUUGGUUACCGUAUAUGACACAAGAUAACACACCCCCUGGAC